AUGGGACGUGACCUGAAGUCACACAAGACAAUGGGACGCGAUCUGAAGCCAUACAAGACAAUGGGACGUGAUCUGAAGCCAUACAAGAAAAUGGGACGUGACCUGAAGUCACACAAGACAAUGGGACGUGAUAUGAAGCCAUACAAGACAAUGGGACGUGACCUGAAGUCACACAAGACAAUGGGACGUGAUCUGAAGCUAUACAAGACAAUGGGACGCGAUCUGAAGCUAUACAAGACAAUGGGACGCGAUCUGAAGCCAUACAAGACAAUGGGACGUGAUCUGAAGCCAUACAAGACAAUGGGACGUGACCUGAAGCCAUACAAGACAAUGGGACGUGAUCUGAAGCCAUACAAGACAAUGGGACGUGAUCUGAAGCCAUACAAGACAAUGGGACGUGAUCUGAAGCCAUACAAGACAAUGGGACGUGAUUUAAAGCCAUAUAAGACAAUGAGACGUGAUUUAAAGCCAUAUAAGACAAUGGGACGUGAUUUAAAGCCAUACAAGACAAUGGGACGUGACCAGAAGCCGUACAAGACAAUGGGACGUGACGAGAGAUGA